AUAGCAAAUUUAAAUAGAAUCAAAAUUUUAGUAAAAUGCGAAUUGCUUUUAUAUAUUGUAUUUUAAUAAUUUUAUUCACAAAUUGCCAAAGUAAUGAAUACAGCUAUGCAGACUAUGAUGAAUAUUAUAGAGAAUAUUAUACAGAAAUGUAUAGUACAACAGUCAUGGGUUCGGUCAAAUUAUAUAAAUUGGAACAAGAAUUUAUGCAAAUUCUAAAAAAAUCAACCAUUGAGUUACAAAAACAGAUCAAUAUGAUUCAAAUUUAUUUAAAAUAUUUCAAACGUCCCAAGUGUUCAAAUCAAAACGAAUGUAAAAAAUAUGUUGCAAAACCAUUAAAUGCUUUUCGUCUUAUGCGACGCAUCCAUCAAGAUUGGCCUCAAUGGUUGAAACUAAUCAAAAGCGGCAACGAAGCAGAUUAUAUUAAACAACUUGAAAAUGAGAUUGUGCCCAAGUUACCCGAAUCGCAUGAUAUGUUGGAAAUGCUUAAGAAUUUGCAUCGUGUCGAGACAACUUAUGGGAUACGAGUUCAUGACUAUGCCAAUGGAAAAAUGCCAAAAACACAAUCAAAUUGGACCUUAACAGUCCGCGAUUGCGUGACAAUGGGUAAUUAUGGAUAUCAAAUUCAUGACUAUCAACGUGCUGGCAUGUGGUAUCAAUAUGCUCUGAAUCAACGACCCGAAGUAAAUGGCGAAAGCUAUAAGCAAAUGCUUGGCGAUCCAUUGGACCAUGCUCGUUUAAAGUAUGCUCAAACUAUUUUAAUACAUGAAGUUCAUAGGAAUGAGCCAGCACUGGCCAUGCAGGAAAUUCGUGAUGAAGUUGAACAAGUAUUGAGCGAAGUAGAUGCCAAGUCAAUAAAUGAUUUAGUCAAUGACCGACUCCAUCAAUCAGUAACAGAAUUUGAAUUAAACGACAACCAAACAACAGUGUAUAACCGCUAUAAACAUCGUUGGGCUCAUAUGUCCGGUUGUCGUGGCAUGUUUAGACAGCACACAAAUCUGGUUUGUCGUUAUAAUUUUACCACCAGUCCAUUUUUACAGUUGGCCCCAAUGAAACUAGAGGAAAUUAGUCUUGAUCCAUACAUUGUGCAGUAUCAUGAUGUAUUGUCCGACAAUGAGAUAGAAGACCUCAAAAGGGAAGGCAUUAAAGGCACAAUGAUCAAUGGUUGGACAAGUCUUAAAUCGAGUAACGCUACUGAAAAUGAAAGUCGAACAAUUGUGGCACGUGUCGCCAUAAUGAGCCCUAGCUUAGAGAUUGUUCAACGCAUCAAUCGACGCAUUAUAGAUAUGACCGGAUUUAAUAUAGAGGAAUCCAAAACAAUACAAUUGGCUGCCUUUAGUGUCGGUGGAUUCUUUAUGCCCCAUUAUGAUUAUUUGUACGAUCGUCUAUUAGACACGGAUGUCCUUAAAAAACUAGGUGAUCGAGUAGCCAGUGUUAUAUUUUAUGCUGGUGAUGUAACCGAGGGUGGAGCAACUAAUUUUCCCCGCAAUCAGUUGGUGGUGCAACCCAAAAAAGGCAGUGCUCUCUUUUGGUAUAAUAAAUUCGAUGAUGGCUCACCAGAUCCUCGUAGCUUACAUUCAAUUUGUCCUGUUGUAGUUGGUUCACGUUGGACGAUUACUAAAUGGAUUCAUCAGGAUUCACAAAUGUUUUUGCAACCCUGCAGCCUGCAACCGUCCUCCUCAACUUAAGUAUCUACAUUAUGUGUUUUGAAAUAAACCAAAAAUGUUUUUAAAAAUGA